GGCCCAGAAGGCCUAUCAACUUCAUUGUCACCAUCCAAAGUCCAUUACUGAUGCAAUAACAAUCUCUAAACCACGGAAGAAUUUGUACUGCCAAGGUUGAUUUGUGUCACUCUCGUCUUCAAGGAUGACUGUUUUUCUUCUAUAGUCCAAACAUUGAUCCACUGAGAUCCUAUCCAUCCUAUCAUCAUGACGAAAAGUGUGACUGUCACCUAUGCCUUAUGGGCAAUGGGUGGACCGUUGGGCCUUCAUCACCUGUACUUAGGAAGAGACAGCCAUGCCCUGCUAUGGAUGCUAACCCUUGGGGGCUUUGGAGUUGGCUGGGCCAGAGAGUUCUUUCGUAUCCCUGCAUACGUGGGAGAAGCCAACCGGGAGAUGGAAGGAGGGUUAAGAGAUAGAAAAAGGCAUCCUAUAGCCAGACCUCCACCUGUGAGCUUUGCCAGAUUUGCUGGUCAGAUUUCCGUAGGGAUCUAUUUUGGAACGGUGGCACUGAUCGGCCUGAACUCACUGAGUUUCUUCUACCUGAUUGUACUGCCGCUGUGUGUGGGCGCCGGGGUCCACCUGGUUUCCAGUGUGGGAGAGCAGACAACUGACCUACACAAGACCCUCAUAGCCUGUGUCAUCACCUCCCCUAUCUUCUAUGGCAGCACCAUCUCCCCUCUGCCCAUCAGUAUCGCUGCCAGCGUCACAGCGUCACAGCACCGCAGGUUCAAAACCCAUCCACCUUCUGGGAGUCAACAAGAACUGGGUCCUCGUCUCUACCGUCUGGCCCUAGUCUGGCUGGCAUUCUCAGCUCCACUGGGAUACAGUAUCUUCCACAACACCACAGCAACUCUCUACUACCUGUCUGACUGUGUGGCAGCCCUGCUGGACAUGUUCUGGUUCUUUCCCUGGCUCCGCUCGGUGGUGGAGUAUUUCCUGCUGCUACCCUACAGGAUACUGGGUGCUUUCACGGGCUGGGGCCCCUCGGAGGAGAGCUGGAGGAAAGUUUUGGAGAUACUGCUCACAGAGCGCAGUCAGAGGGAGAGAGAGGCACUGCAAAUGUUGUCAGUGAGUAAGGACGCUUCUAUGGAGGAGGUAACACGUAGCUACAGAGAGCUGGUGAAGGUGUGGCACCCAGACCACAACCCUGGCAGCAAGAUGGAAGAGGCACAGAAGAUGUUUAUACAGAUCCAGGAAGCCUAUGAGACUCUGCUCAGAGGACAGAAGCCUGAUCAUCGAAAUAAAUGAUUUCCCUGCUCGACCCGUCAACCCAAAUGCCAAUGAUGUGGCACGGACUUGGUCGUCCUCUCACAGGAUCAACUGUCAUAAUGUGUUUUAUCCAAGUCAAGAAGGGAUACUUUCUAGAUGCAGAUAACUUUUUGUAGUAGCCAGGUUGCUCUCUUUUCUUUAAUGAUAUGUUUUUUUUUUCUCAGACAAACAUGUCACAUGGGUUCUUAUAGCAGGAUUACAGCAGCAGAGCAAUAUUGUAAACCAUUUCAAGCUGUUAAACAGCUGUACAUUGGGGUUGAUGUUAAAAUAUAUGUUCUGUAUCCAACUUCUUGAUAAUAGUGACUCCAAUAUUUAGGUUGCUCUAUUAUAAUAAUAAAAAUAAAUUGCUGCCAUCUUGUGGUGAAUUGUAGAACGCCAACUAUAAUGACUGUCAAUUAAUAUAAUAGAAAAAUGCUCUCUAGACCAGUACCUAAACAUCACACCUUUCUGAUUUAAAAUAUGUACUUUUUGGUGCCUCAAUAAAUCUGCUGUUUUCCACAUCUUUAA